AUGAAGUCUAUAUACCCACGUCUAUCACUUUCUGCCCAUAUCCGAACCCCAUACAUUUCCCACAGAUCACCUACAAUCCGUCCCUAUGCCUCUUCGACCGUCACUUCCCCUCCCGCGACCGAACUUUCAGCAUCAGACCCUUCCACCGAACUCACUUGGACACCCGUUCUCCCUCCAGGUCAGAACCUAGCAUAUGAUACCGCUCUCUCUUUCCUCUCAUCUCAUCGAUCUAAUCUUCUCAAACGUCUUGAAGCCCUCCGUUCCGCUCAUCCCAAUCCUUCACCCGAUGUUCAAGCGAAAAUCGAUCAUCUCUCCUUACAAGCAGAUAUCAACCAUCCGCCUCUCCGACGUCUGUUCCGUCAAACUCUCGGUCAAAGUCAUAUGCAUCUCCCCGUCAUGCGUCAUCUCGCUGAACGUCACUGGACUAGAGAAGGAGGAAGGGAUCUAUUGAUGCAAAGAAUAGAAACUCUUCAAAUCGUUCCUGAUCUUUUACCCGAGGUUCUUCCCACUUCCUCCGUCCGACUGGUAUUCCCCUCUCCAUCUUUGGACAAACCUGGAUCCAUACAGCGAGUAUGGAACCUCGAAACACCCCCAAAACUUCAUAUGCAAAUAUUCCAUCAUCCCUCUUCCCUUCGCAAUCCCUCAUCCCGACUUCCCGAAGGUCGGUAUACCCUUUUAGUCAUCGAUCCAGAUUCACCAGAUCAUCUCAGUCAGUCUUACGCUCCUCGACUUCAUUAUCUCAAGCGGGAUAUUCCAUUGACAGUCUCCUCAGGAAGUGUGGACUUGUUCCAGGCGGAGGGUAUUGAGGAGGCGAAAUGGGAACCACCCGCUCCUGCGAAAGGAUCAGGAAAUCACCGAUACGUGUUCGUCGUCAUACAACAGCCAGCAACACCUUCAUCAAUACCUGAGACCGUGGAGAACGUCGCCAGAGAAAAUUUCGAUCUCAGGACGUAUCUGAAAGAGCGAGGCUUGAGAUCGUCAGAUGUGGUAGGAGUUACAUUGUUCCGUGCCAAAUGUACGGAGGAAGAUGAUGAGUAUAUCAAAAAAGUAUGGAAGGAGUAUAGAGGAGAGGAGAUGCCGGUCUAUGGGAAACCACCGAAGGAGUUGAAAUAUGGGUAUCCAUUGAAUGCGAGACAGUUGGAGAGGGAAAGAGAGAUGGAGGAGAUGGUGGGGAGAUUCGAUGAGGAUACGGACAUGAACGGAGAGGUGUUGGAGGAAAAGGAUCAUUUGAAGGAUAUGGAACCGGAGUUGAGGGACAAAGCGGCAGUGAUGAAGGAAAGUAGUAAAGGAAAACUAGCGGUUUGA